AUGGCUAACUCAACAUCCCUCAUCAACAUCAUCCAGUGCCAGCGUAGCCCUCUAUGGACGGCCAACUACGAUCGCACAAACAUUCUCACCUUCUGGAGCAUCUCAACCUUCAUAGGCUGCUGGUUCCCCGGCUUCUUCACCCUCUGCUUCGCCAUGGCCGCCUACAAUAAAUACACCGCUUCAUCGAAACGUGUCCCACCGCCCCUUCUCGCUCUGCGACUUUUGCUAAGCGGGAUCGGAAGUUCUCUCCUAGCCGUCUUCCUGCUUGUAGACUUCAUUGGAUAUAUACUAGCGACGCAGUAUGCGUACUACUGUGACCCGAUUUUUUUCGAUUGGGGUGAUCCUGUGUCACUAUGGGUUUUACUGGCCAUUGGUGUUUUGAUACCGUUUGUUGUGAUGAUUCUGAUGUGCGUGUACGUGGCGGUCGACAGUUUGGGGAGGUGGUGGGACCUCUAUCGUCGCGACGCCGUCGGCGCCUGGCGGACGCGAAGGGGAGGACUAUACUUGAGAGACUGGCAAAUGCAGCCGGCAUUGGACGACCAACAGAAACCUAAGUGGCAAAGCCGAAGUGAGAGAAGCUCUACCUCGAGUUUCGAACUGGAGAAGGCAGCGAGUGGCGUGGCCAGCAGGGAAGCCGUUCUGGUAAGUCGGUCACCGCUCACCAGCACGCGCGAGCUGCUUGCCAAAGGCGUUGCGGUGGUGAAACAGGCUGUCGAGCUUGACACCACGGGCGAGUAUGCCGAGGCGUACCCAUUAUAUGAGCAAGCACUCGACCUUCUCACGCUCGUUCUCUCCGACAAAAACGUGGAUGAAAAGGCGAAGCUCACGCUCCAGCAAAAAGUGAAUGAGUAUAAAGAGCGCUUUGAGAAGCUGGAACGUUACUUGGCAGAGCGGGCGCGGACAUGGGCCGCAAGGGAUGAGCUUCGCGGUUUGCAUACUCGCCUUGCGAAAUCGAGUGGCGAUGUGGCCAUGGAGUCAAGGAACGACCUCCUCAGCCGCGCCGUCGAUGUAGUUGGUACAGCUAUCGAACAAGACACCGCGGGAAAGUACGAAAGUGCCUGUGAGCUUUACGGUCAAGCGCUCGAGCUCUUAGCGCUUGUGGUUGAAAGCGAGCCAGAUGCGGAGAUCCAGAACGAGAUCGGGGGGAAAGCGAGAGAGUUCCGGCAGCGUGAGGAGAGGCUGAAGAAAUUUGUGGCGGAGCAGAGCGUGCCCGUGCCUGAGACAUCCGAGCAAGGUGAGUCUGAAGUGAUAGGCGGUAGGGAGUCAGUAUCAGAUCCAGAUUUGUAG